AUGUCUAACCUCCAAACCUCAACCCAACAAACAACAGCCAAGUCAGUACAGUUAGCACAACCAAAUACUCAAGCAAAUAUCAUAAACCCAAACCAACCCACUCAAGAUUCAAAUAGUAAUGCCAAAGCAGAGUUAGCAAACCAGGAACAAUCGUCAAUAAUCAAAACAAAUGAAGUGAUAUUAUCACAACAACAAACCCUUGAUGCACAACUAAAACAAAUAGUAAUUCCUACAGAUAAAAAUCAAAACAACUAUUGGGUAGAAGAAAUCUCCAAUACAUUAGAGAAAUGCAAAAAAGAAACCUUUAACCAUGAAACUUGGAAUAACGAUAAUAUAUUAAAAGCACUUACAGAAGAAUCACUCUUCAAAAAACUAAUAAAUCAUAAGUUACAGACUACUAUCCCAAAUAUAAACAUACCAAAGGCAAUUGCAAAUAAACUCAAAUACUGUGAUACAGUAUUCUUUAAAUUAUUUACCCGAGACAGAGGUACCCAACCCAGCUACCAGCUAGAAUUCAACAUCUUAAUGAACAUAGUAUUAGAAAGAUACAGAUGCAAACACAAUGUAGUUCUAGUAAAUAAAACCAAUCAAGUCCAAAUUUAUAAUAAACUAAGGAAAAAGAUUACAAUUGAUAGCAUUCUCACUUUAAACAUAGCCCAAUACGGGGACCAUGUUAGCACUCAGUAUAUAUUUUACUUGAUAAACUUUGGCAAAAUAGAAACAACGAUUGAAUUCGAACAAGUAUAUAAACUAAUUAGCCAAGCUCAAGCAGAAAGUCAUACAGAUUUACCAGAAAAUCUAAACAAAAUCCAAGUAGACAUAUUAGACAUAUUUCCUUUUAUAUUACUACUAAAUGAUAAUAGCAAAAUAGUAGCAGUAGUUCAGUCACUCAGACUUAUAUAUAUUUUUACAAGUUUGCCAGACUCAUACUUUGUAAAUGCUCGUACUUUCUUGCCAAACUAUCCAAGCCGGCUACACUCAGACAUCAAAGCAAUCUUCCUAAUUAAAGAAUAUAGCAACUUACAAUACUUAGCCGAGUACCGAAAAAAACUUCAAAAAUAUUACAUCAUUAAAGAGAAAUUACCAAUAACUUAUUUUAACUUACCUUCUGAGAAACUAAACCUAUCAUCCACAUCACAAGAACUUAAGACAAGAGUCAAAUACCUCUUUUCGUGCAAAUCCAAAAGUGAAAGCGAAUUUAGAGAUUUG